AUGGGCAAUAUUUCGGGAGUAAAAAUCUCACUGUAUCUCAGUUACUGGAAUGAGCAGGAGGACCAGGCUACUGCACCUCUCACAGCUGCUAGCAUCUGGGGAAGUGAUCCAACAACCUCUUUCGGAACGGGUCUUCUGGAUAACAAUGGAUGCAUUGCCGAUGGCCCCUUCACAAAUCUACGUUACAACGUGAAUAUCCAGCUCGAAAGGGGUGAAGAGAAAUGUAUCACAUUCGACUUCAAACAGGCCCAGUUUGAACUUGUUUCUCAAGAUAUUGUCAACGCCUGCAAUGCUCUCGAAGGAUACAACGACUUCAACAACUGUCUUGGCGGAUCGCCCCAUACAGCUGGGCAUUACGCCAUCGGAGGUACCAUGGAUGACGUUUCCCUUUCGCCUGCUGAUCCCUUGUUCUUCAUGCACCACACAAACCUAGACCGUCUUUGGUGGGAGUGGCAGAGUAAAAACACUUCUCGUCUCACAGAUAUGGGCGGCAGGAAUGUUGCUGUUGCUACUCUGCUGGUAAAUGCUCAGCCAAAGAUUCUGCCUGAAUCGGCAUUUGCGCCAUACUUUGGGGACGGUGGGAAUGUUACGACUCUGGACCACAUCAUGUGGAUGGCGGGCACCGCUGAGAAUAUUACUAUUAGGGAGGUGAUGGAUAUCAACAGCGACGCAAUCUGUGUUAAGUAUCUUUAG